GGCGCCAAUGCCUCUGCUUUGGAGAAGGAGAUUGGACCAGAACAGUUUCCCGUUAAUGAACACUACUUUGGAUUGGUCAACGUAAGUACCAACACAACAAUAUUAACCAUAGCUAUUGGUCAACGUAAGUUUCACAGCAUGCACCUGCACCAACACAAUAUUUGCCAAUCGUUACAGUACCAUGGUAACAGUACCAUGGUAACACUUUUGCCAACAAUUGUAACACAAUACUCUUCGUGCUCUCUUAUUUUUAAUUUUAAUUUUUCCAGUUCGGGAACACCUGCUACUGUAACUCGGUGCUGCAGGCCCUCUACUUCUGCCGUCCGUUCAGGGAGAAGGUCCUGACCUACAAGGUCCAGCCCAGACGUAAAGAGUCACUGCUCACCUGUCUUUCUGACCUCUUCAACAGGUACAGGGAGAGAACAUGCGGAACUCUUAGCUCCACUCUUAUCCUCUUGCGUAAACAAAUUUAAAGGGUGGAACCAAAAAAGAGAGAACAUGGGGCAGAAGGCCAGCACUUAGAAAUAAGUAAUAAUAAGUUGCAAUGGAUUUUUUUCAGCAUCGCCACGCAGAAGAAGAAGGUGGGAGUCAUCCCUCCCAAGAAAUUCAUCUCACGACUGAGGAAAGAAAAUGGUGAGGGAGGAAGGAAGGAGUGGUGGGGAGAAGGUGGGAGAGGGAAGGAUGGAGAUCGGAGAAAUGUAGCAAUUUUAGACGAUUCAAAGCUCUUCCUUCUUCUCUCUCUCUCCCUCCAGAGCUGUUUGACAACUACAUGCAACAGGAUGCCCAUGAGUUCCUUAACUACCUCCUCAACACUAUCGCUGACCUGCUGCAGGAGGAGAGGAGCCAGGAGAGCCAGCAGAAUGGAAAGCUGUUGCAGAACGGAGGAGUUGGGGGCGGGACGGGAGGAGGAGAGGAAGAGAAGACACAGCAGACCUGGGUCCACGAGAUCUUCCAGGGAACCCUGACCAACGAGACGCGCUGCCUCAACUGUGAAGCUGUAAGUGGAGGGAGAUCCAAGAUGAAGACUGUUAAUAGGGUGAUGAAUGGGGCAGAGAGCCGUAAUGGAGGCUGGGCUAUGCCAGUUUCCAAAUACUAUACUGUGAUGGGAGAGGGAGAUCCAAAAUGGAGACUGUUAUUUCAUUUGAAAUAAAGGAAAUUAAUAGGCCCAGGAGCUGUAAUGGAUGUCUGCCUGUGCCAGUUUUCGAAUACUUUUAAUGGCAGAAGGAGAGCCAAAAUGGAGACUGUUAUUGGAUUUGAAAUGACGGAAUUCAAUGGGGCCAUGAGCCGUUUCCUGAUACUGUACUGUGUUUAGAGUUAAUGUAACCAGUGUCCUGCCUGGCUCUGUGUGUCCAGGUGAGCAGUAAAGAUGAGGACUUCCUGGACCUGUCUGUCGACGUGGAGCAGAACACCUCCAUCACACACUGUCUCAGGUAGGUGUGUGUUUGUGUGUGUGUGUGUGUGUGUGUGUUGACACACACCUGGACCACACAGACAUGUUCAGUUGGAGAAAGUGUUAGUCCACUUCGUUACUCCAUGCGUGACGUCACUGUGAAUGCUCCAUCUCUGUUUCUUCCCUCCACAGGGGUUUCAGCAACACCGAGACACUUUGUAGUGAAUACAAGUACUACUGUGAACAGUGUCGGAGUAAACAGGAAGCACAGAAAAGGUGAGCAGUUGGAUUUGACAUAGAUGAUGAUGGUGGGAAAUGCAGGCUAACACUACAAAAAUGGCCACUGUUGUUGCUAGGAGAAAUGGUCUGUUUUGAAAAGUGCAUUAUUGUUUUUACUUGGAUGCUGCAGAGUGAGUUGUGUUUUGUAGUUAGUUUUGAAUACAGCUCUGUAUACCAACUGGCUGAAGUACAAACUGUAGCUUGGCCUGGUCCAUGUUCGGAUGUUAAGUGCACUUGAUCGUCUCCAUUAGUGUAUUGGCAUUUUAUUAGAAUCCCCAUUAGCUGUUGCGAAAGCAGCAGCUACUCUUCCUGGGGUCCACAUGAAACAUGACAUAAUACAGACCAUUAAUAGACAAGAACAGCUCAAGGACAGAACUACGUAGAUUUUUAAAAAUGGCUCACAUCCUACAUAUGAAAACAUACGCACAACAUUUCUAGGUGAAAUAGGGGAGAGGCGUGUGAAGGGUGCUGUGUAUCUGGGGUUGAAUACUUAAACACUCCCAACUAAGGGCCCCAACCAUCACAGUCCAGGCGUCUACUCCCCCCUAAAAAGCCCACUUCAUUUGGGUGGUGCAGGAAUGGAAAGGCUUUAGUUCCAAAAGCAGUGUACUGCGUCAGCUGCGUACAUCCGCCGUUUUCCAGAUACCAAAAAUAUAAUAAAGAAAUAGAAAUAUCUGCACACUUAACAAAACACACAGCAUAAGAGCAAUUCCUUGCUGCAUCACUACACCAUCCUAUCCUACAGUCAAAUAUGAAUAUGUUCUAUAUUAUUAUAAAUAGGAUGCGUGUGACGAUAAUGGUGCUACAUCUGAAGAGGUUUAAAUAAUAACCCUAAUCCUAACAUUAACCCUAAUACUAACAUUAACCCUAAUACUAAUCCUAACAUUAACCCUAAUACUAACCCUAACAUUAACCCUAAUACCACAUUUUACACUUACGUUUUAGUCAAUUAACAGCCGCUCUUAUCGAGUGACUUACAGGAGCAAUUAGGGUUGAGUGCCUUGCUCAAGGGCACAUCGGCAGAUGUUUCACCUAGUUGGCUCUGGGAUUCGAACCAGCAACCUUUCAGGUACUGGCCCAACACUCUUAACUGCUAGGCUACCUGCCGCCUUACUAAAUCUAACAUUGUUCAUCAUUAUUAUUAUUAUUAUUAUUAUUAUAUUAUAUAGGAUGCGUGUGAAGAAGCUCCCUAUGAUCCUGGCAUUACAUCUGAAGAGGUUUAAGUACAUGGACCAGUUGCAUCGCUACACCAAGCUGUCCUAUCGUGUCGUCUUCCCUCUGGAGCUCCGCCUCUUCAACACCUCAGGAGACGCCACCAACCCCGACCGCAUGUAUGACCUGGUCGCCGUGGUCGUCCACUGUGGAAGGUACGGUCACACGCACACACACCAACCCCGACCGCAUGUACGACCUGGUUGCCGAGGUCGUCCACUGUGGAAGGUAAAGAGAGAGCGAGAGACAGAGAGCGAGGGUGUGUGUCUCUGGGAACUUGAACAGACGUACAGAUUGAUAGACACACACAGCAGUCUUUUGUGAUAACUCUAACGUGUAUGUCUGUCGUCCUCUCGGUCUCCAGUGGUCCAAGCCGUGGUCAUUAA